AUGGGGACGCUGCUCAUUGCCAAGAUCAGGGAGGAGUACCCCGACCGCAUUAUGAAUACCUUCAGCGUCGUGCCAUCGCCUAAGGUGUCUGACAUGGUUGUGGAACCUUACAAUUCUAGUCAGCUGGUCGAGGAUUCAGACGAGACAUACUGUAUAGAAAAUGAGGCCCUCUAUAGCAUCUGUUUCCCUACAUCAAAACUAACGAUGCCAACAUAUGGAGAUUUAAACCAUUUAGUAUCUGCUGCAAUGUCCGGUGUUACUACAUGCCUAAGGUUUCCAGGGCAAUUAAAUGCUGACCUUCGCAAACUAGCUCUUAACAUGGUGCCAUUUCCUCGCUUACAUUUCUUCAUUCCUGGCUUUUCUCCAUUGACAUCACGUGGGUCUCAACAGUAG